CUGGAGGCAGCUCAGAUUCAGGUGAUUCGGGCCAUGGGAGACAAAAUGACCGCGAAUGAUCUCAACGCUAGACUUGUCUGCUUGGCCGGAGCUACAGGCUUCAACACCAGCUUUGUCAAAACCAUCCCGGCCAAGCCUAAAGAGAGCAAGCAUUUAAAUAUCCCUGCAGCGCGGCGUCCCGUCUGGAACCUGUACGGUGUGUUUCAGCUCAGUGAUCAGCUGGCCUGUGAUUCUGGCAUGAACCCAUCUCUCAACGUCUGCAACACCAGCUGCACUGCUUUUACUGACGAUGACGUCACAGAUGACAUUGCCUGCCUGAAUAGCAUUAUUAGCAGCAUUCAACCUAGACCCAAACACAGUCUCUUUCUUCCACUUAUCACACUGAACACUAUUAUGGUGAAGGAGUGUCGCUCUGUGGUUCCCUCUCUGUAUUUUGCUGAGUGUCCGAGUGCAACAACACCAAUGAGUGCAACAACACAGUGAUUUUACUCUUCUGACCUGCU